GCUGCGAAAGUGAGAUGGCCUUCUUUGUUUCAUGGCGUGGAUUCGGCCACUCAGGAUUGGAUUGUUGACCAGAUGCAUUCAGUCCGACCGGUCGUAGAAACUGGAUAUGAAAAUGUUUUACUUGUGAGAUUGUUGUUAGAGACCAGAAUACCUUCCAUCAGGAAGUCUUCAGUUGCAGAGGGGCUCACGGUUGAGGGUAUAUUGGAAAAUUGGUCCAAGUUGAAGCCUGUUAUCAUGGAAGAGUGGAGUGAGAAUAGAGAAACUUUGAUAGAUCUUUUUGGAAAGGUUAGAGAUGAAUGGUUGGAGCAGGAUUUCGCUACUUGGAUCGGUGCAAAUAGAUUCUAUCCUGGUGUUUCUGAUGCAUUAAAAUUUGCAAGCUCGAGAGUGUACAUCGUCACCACGAAACAGAGCCGUUUUGCCGAUGCUUUACUCCGAGAGCUUGCUGGGGUGACAAUUCCACCUGAAAGAAUAUAUGGUCUAGGAACUGGGCCUAAGGUGGAAGUGCUGAAGCAGCUUCAAAAGAGAUCAGAGCACCAAGGACUCACACUUCACUUUGUUGAGGAUCGGCUUGCUACCUUAAAAAAUGUCAUCAAAGAACCUGAGUUAGAUCAAUGGAAUCUGUAUUUAGGAAACUGGGGUUACAACACUCAGAAAGAGAGAGAAGAAGCUGCAGCUAUCCCCAGAAUUCAAGUUCUUGAGCUGUCGGACUUCAGUAAGAAGUUGAAAUGAUUGUUUGUUGCCUUCAUUGAAUUUUCACUUUUUCAGGCGUCAGCAUUGAACUGAACAUUUUGUUACCAUCUCAUUUAUAAAGAAAGUCAGUUUGUUGUGACCACAAUCUUUCUAUUUAAAAUGGCUGCUGUAACUGUAUCCUCUAAUGUUAUAUAGAGAAAUGUUUUUUCAGUACA